AGGUACGGCUAGAGCGUCCUCUCCAGCGCGUAAACUCGGCGGCCCCGGCGGCUAGAGCGUCCCUCCCGCCGGGAGCCGCGUGUGACCUUCCCGCCCGUGGAGCGAUGCUGCCGGCGGCCGCUCUCCCCCUGUGGGGGCCGUGUCUCGGGCUUCGGGGCGCCGCGCUCCGUUUCGCCAGACAACAGGUGCCCCGCGUCUGCACCGUUCGGCUAAUGAGAUGCAGCAGCCAUCGAAGGGGGGAGGCCCUCGCCGGUGCACCCCUAGAUAAUGCCCCCAAGGAAUAUCCACCCAAGAUCCAGCAGCUGGUCCAGGACAUUGCCAGCCUCACGCUCCUGGAGAUCUCGGACCUCAACGAGCUCCUGAAGAAAACCUUGAAGAUCCAGGACGUGGGGCUCAUGCCGAUGGGCGGCAUGGUGCCCGGCCCUGCCCCUGCGGCUGCGGCCCCCGAGGUGGUAGAAGAAUACGUCCCCAAACAAAAAGAACAGACGCAUUUCACCGUCCGCCUGACAGAGGCGAAGCCUGUAGAUAAAGUGAAGCUGAUCAAGGAAAUCAAGAACUACGUCCAGGGCAUAAACCUCGUGCAGGCAAAGAAGCUGGUAGAGUCGCUGCCCCAGGAAAUCAAAGCAAACGUGGCCAAGGCAGAGGCGGAGAAGAUCAAGGCGGCCCUGGAGGCGGUGGGCGGCACCGUGGUCCUGGAGUAGGCCAGCGCCGAGGACUUGUGGACUGGGGUCCCUGGGACCCAGGCGAGGCCCCGCCCGCUCCACUGAGCACCCAGGCUCAGCUGGCAGGCACCUCGGAGCAGACCUCCACACCAUCACCUCAGGGCAGCCUGGUUCCGGGACAGGCAUGGACCUACGGGGGUGGGAGGGGGCAGCUGCUGCCUGUGAGCACCCCGGCGGACUCUGGAACGUGCCCCCAGCUCCCGUGCGCCCCCUGGUGGCCGCUGAGAAAAUACAUGGUUCGG